AUGGGCAUCAAAUUUUUGAAUCUGCAUAUGAUCCCAUGGUGUUUUCACCUCUUGAGCAACCACAUCUCGUGCGUGCAUAUCCGCCCUGACCCACCGGUGGAGACUAUUAAGCUCAUCAAAUCCGAUGGGCUAGUGAAGAUCUAUGACCGACCCAUCCACGUCUCAGAGCUAUUGGUGGAGUAUCCAAAGCACCUGGUGUGCCGCUCAGAUUCUUUCUACAUAGGGCAGAAGAUCCCAGCUCUGUCUGAGAACGACCAGCUUCAGCUGGGCCACAAGUACUUUCUCCUCCCUAAACAUUGUUUCCAGUCGGUUCUAUCAUUUGUCACCAUCGCUUCCUUUGUCAACACUUCCUCCCAGUUCCAGGCCCAACCAUCAUCUUCUUCUUCCUCCUCCAGCAGAGACUCAACAAAUGCGCUUCUAAAGAAGGUAGCCACUUGCCAACCCUUCGACAUACAAAAAUCUCCAUCUGGAUGCCUGAGAAUACGCGUGUCCGAUGAGUUUAUAUCGCAACUGAUGGAACAAAGCAAAAUCAAGGAGUCUGAGGAAGAUGAUAGUUCAGGGAGCAGAAUAUGCACCACUCCUCAAUUACAGAAGGACUACAAGUUGCUGGUUGGGUCACGCCAAUGGAAACCCAAGCUGGAGACGAUAAGGGAGAAGGAGAAGGGGAAGCUUUCUUCAUUUGGAAUGAAGAGAAGGAAGAAAUCUAAGUCUAAAGGGAUCCAAAAGGCCAGUCAUAAAACAUCGGAACUCCACCUUCAUGCAACAUCCAUCAAACCUUCUUCAAAAGCCAAGAAUAUUAAGAUCAAAUUAAGAAAAUGA